UUUCCUUUCCCCCCCAAAUUUUUUUUCCCAGGCUGCUCCGCGCGACGCGUUCCCAGAUCGCGUGCGUCCAGUGCACGGCGUUGCGACGGAAUGGCUCCGGUUUUCUCACAGGCCGGGAGGUACGGCACGGGUGCCUGCUGCCGUCACGUUGCUCGCGAGUCGCGAUUCUAAAAAGUCCGUGGCUUUCCGGCGUGCAACGGAAUCGCUUGCUUGCUCCCUCGUUUCCGCUGCCACGGGCGCGAGGUCGUAGCUAGCUGCUCUGCUGCCGGGCGGUAGAGAGCAGGAGGGCACGGGCUCGUACACGGCGCGCCGGCGAUGGCCGGAGAUCAGCAGCAGCAGCAGCAGCAGCAGGAGCAGGAGCGCACCCAGGUGGGGGACCUCCCGGAGGUGUGCCUGGCGCACGCCAUCGCGCUCACCUCCCCGCGCGACGCCUGCCGCUGCGCCGCGGUCUCGCCGGCCUUCCGCGCCGCCGCGGACUCGGACCACGUCUGGCGUCGCUUCCUCCCGCCGGGCCGCCGCGGCGCCGCCGCCGCCCACCCGCCGCAGGGGCAGCAGCCGCAGCAGCACCCCAAGCCGGCGGCCAGCAAGGGCGCCUACCUCCGCCUCUGCGACGCCGGCGCCGCCGUCCCCGUCGACGGCGAAGGGAGUGGCUCGCGGAGGCUGUGGCUGGACAGGGCGAGCGGCGCCAGGUGCUACAUGCUGUCGGCGAGGGCGCUGAGCCUGCCGUGGGACGACGGCGAGUUCAGCUGGAGGUGGACGCCCCACCCGCUCUCCAGGUUCGGGGACGUGGCCGAGCUGGUCGAGUGCACCUCCCUGGACAUCUACGCCCGGCUCCCGGCCGCCGAGCUCACGCCGGCGACCACCUACGCCGCGUACCUGGUCUACGGCGUCGCGGAGGGGCACCGCGGCCUGAGCUACCCGGACCAGGAGACGACGGUGGCGCUGGGCGGGGGGCGCGCGGCGCCGGCGCCGGCGCGCCACGCCGUGUGCCUCCACCCCGACGAGGCCGAGGCGCGCAAGUUCAGGGCCGUGUCCCGCGGCACCGGCGACGGGGAGCCGAGGCGGCCGAGGCUGCGGGCGGACGGGUGGUCGGAGAUGGAGAUGGGGCGGCUGCGCACGCCCGGCGACGACGGCGGCCGGGAGGCCCCGGCGGCGGUCGCGGGCGAGGAGGUGGCGGUGAGCUUCGAGGUGCUGGGGUGGUACCCGAAACGCGGGCUCAUAGUCGAGGGCGUCGAGUUUAGGCCCGUCGACUGAUUUUGGGGGGGAAUUUGGGCAUUUUGAUUGAAGGGAAAUUUGUGUAAUUGUGUUGCUAUAUGCCCCUGAUUAAUUUGGAAAACAGGUAUCGCGCUGUGGUUUACACUAGCAAAAUCAGUGGUAUUUUCAGGACGACAUUGUCAAACCAAUGUUAUUUCCAUAGCAUUUUUUUUUCAAAUCGGUGAUCUAAGAUUGGGCAA